AUGAUACCAGCGCCAUUGGCAGGACCAUUGGGGGCGCCGCCGUCCCAGGGAGGGCCCAUGGGAGCACUGUUGUCUCUCGCAGGGCCCCUGGGGGCGCUACCGCCCUUGGCACGGGCCCUGCGAGUGCUGCCGUCCCUGGGAGGGCCCCUAGGAGCUCCACUCUUCUUGGGAGACCCCCUUGGAGAACCUCUGUCCCUGGGAGCCGAAGCACCCCUGGCAGGGCCCCUGGGGGCUACAGCACCCUUGAUAGUGCCUCUGAGAGCCACUGGGAGCGCCAUGGUCCCUGGGGGCAAAAGCAACCUUGGCAGGGCACCUGGGGGUGACAGCACCCCUAGCAGGGCCCCUGGGGGCUCUGUCGUUCCUGGGAGGGCUUCUGUGAGCGCUGCUGCCCAUGGGAGGGCCCCUACGGGCGCCGCGGCCCCUGGGGGUGCUGCCACCCUUAAGGAGGGCACUUGGGGGCUCUGCCACACAUAA